AUGGACUCCCACGAAGCGCAGGGCUAUGCGCACGGCGACCAAAAUGCCCAGGACCGCAAUCCUCAUGCCUCCAGCUCCCAAUGGCGUCAUCAAGAGUCGCGAGCCUUCGCCAAGUACGAGGCCGAGAGAGCCCAGCCCCAGGCACCAUCCCGCCACCACCAUCACCCCUCAAUAGCGCGGGAAGCAGACGCACGCGGCAAUGUGAACGACCUGGCCGAUUUCCUCAACAAGUCGCGUAUCUCUCCCAAGGAGGCUGACACUCGCCCUCCUACCGAACCAAAGUUCAAGCCUGUGGUGCUGGGCGCUACAGAAGCGAGGGAGGUUCUCAAUGGCGAAAAACACGUGGCCGACGCAUUGGCUCCGGAGAGUGUACCCAACGACAAGGAGGUCGCGGUAGGACCCUUGCUCAAUUAUCGCCGCAUGGAGGGAAAUCAAUGGGUUGGCAGUGUCCUGGUUGUGACCCGCGGGGGCGGCAGAGAACAGUCCUAUAGGCCAAGCUUAUUCUUGAGAAAGGCUGCUAUGGUCAGUAUGAGCAAUGGCAAUGGCGCCGCCAAUGGUCACAGCAGUGGAUCCAGAGUCAGUGAAAGUCAAGGUAUCUGUCUUUAUUCGGACUGGCGCAACACUUUCUGGAGGUUCGAUUUGCACCUGGAGAUGGAACCCUAUGAAACCAAGUGGGAAUAUUGGCUGUCGGAUUACCUUGUCUUUGCUAGCAACACAAAGCCAAAAGUGAAUGCCUUCUUCGUGCCCGCGAUCACGGAAUCGAUGAGAAUCAUGUUCCACUCCUGCAACGGGUUCAGUGUCGGUACAGACGAGGAGGACUGGAGCGGCGCGUGUUUGUGGAACGACGUUAUGAGACGCCAUCAAGAGGCACCGUUCCAUGUGAUGAUCGGUGGCGGCGAUCAGAUCUAUAACGACGGCGUUCGAGUCUCAGGGCCUCUUCGCACAUGGACCAGUAUCAGCAGCCCCAAGAAACGGAGAAACUUUCCAUUCCCCGAAAGUCUCCGCGCCGAGUGUGACGACUACUAUUUGAACAAUUAUAUUCGGUGGUAUGGGACGGAGCCAUUUGCAGGUGCGAACGGUCAGAUUCCUCAGCUAAACAUUUGGGACGAUCAUGAUAUUAUCGAUGGGUUUGGAUCUUAUGUGGACGACUUUAUGAAAUGCGAUGUCUUCCGAGGAAUUGGCGGCAUUGCCCACAAGUACUACAUGCUUUUCCAGCACCAUCUGCCACCUCCAGCUUCGACAUAUACCUCGGACACCACGUCCCAAGCUCAAGAUGAAGCGGGUCAGGGGAUUGACCCCAAUCAAAUGAUCGCGGCUUACGUACACCCAGCUAUGACAGAACCUAACUACAUUGUUGGAUCCUCUCCCGGUCCUUACGUUGCGGAACAUUCACACAAUAUGUUUACAAAGUUGGGCGCUCGCAUAGCAUUUUUGGGUAUCGACGCUCGAACAGAACGCACGAGACAUCAAGUCAACUACCCUGAGACAUAUGAGGCCAUAUUUUCCCGCUUGAGGCAAGAGCUUAGCCAUGCCAUACAAACCGAGAAACCAUUCAAGCACUUGAUUCUUCUUUUGGGGAUUCCCAUUGCAUACCCUCGCUUGACAUGGCUUGAGAAUAUUUUUGCCAGCCCCUUGAUGGGUCCAGUAAAGCUGCUGAACAGGCGCGUGGGCUUUGGUGGCAGCUUCUUCAACUCCUUUGAUGGAAGUGUUGAUCUGCUAGACGAUCUCGACGAUCACUAUACAGCCAGAACCCACAAGCGCGAACGCAACGGUCUGAUCCUCAAACUGCAACAGAUCGCCGCCGAGUUCUCGGUGCGCGUUACCAUCCUAGGCGGCGACGUGCAUCUGGCAGCACUAGGAAGGUUCUACUCGAACCCCAAGCUCAACAUUCCACUGGAAGAAGACUACCGUUACAUUGUUAACGUCAUUUCCUCCGCCAUCGUGAACAAGCCGCCCCCAGCGGCCGUUGCCAACCUGCUGGCGCGCCGAAACAGAAUUCACCACCUCGACCACGACACCGAUGAGACGCUCCUGAAGAUCUUCGACAAAGACCCCGGCGACAGCACCAAGACAGCCAAGCACAACCAGGUCACCAUGCCCAGCCGCAACUUUGCCGUCAUCACCGAGAACUCGCCCAACAACGGGACUCAUCUUCAAAAUGGUCAUGACUUCCACACUUCCUCUCCUCCCCCACAGUCCACCCCCGGCGAAACCUUCCCCGGCCACAAAGACGGCCGCUACGCGCUCGGUAAGGGUGAGGUCAGCGCCGGCACCAAGCACAAGGCCGCCGACCCUGCCGAGCAUGGCACGGGAAGCGACGGUAGUCUAGAUGUGUGCAUCCGCAUCGAGAUCGACCAGCAUAACCCGGAGGGACGUACGGAGGGUUAUGGAUUGACGAUUCCGACGCUGAGCUACAAAGGCCCGAGACCGCCAACGAUUGCGCCGCCGCCGGGCAGCGCGGGGAGUAGUGGGUCGAGAGGCACGGGUGGCACAGGAGGGUCGGAUGUGCCAGAGGUGCCGGAGAUCCCAGCGGGGGUGAGGUGACGUGAGAGGUGAGAGGUGACGUGAGGAUGACGGAUGAAUGAAUGAAUGAGAUUUUCGCAUUC